CCAGCGUGCUCCGGGGGGCUGGGGUCGGUGUGCGGUGAACUGGCGUGUGGGGGAGCUGCCCCGCUCAGUGCUGGGCUGCGGGAGCGCCGCGUGGGUGCGGAGCCUGCGGGGAGCCUGCUUUGGCUUCGGUGGGGUAGAGCCGGGCCCUGGCGGCCUGAGAGCUCCGCGGUUAGUGAGAGGAGGGAUCCAUGUGAGAAUGACCAUGUUCUUCUUUCUCCCAUUCUUCGUAACUGGAUCUCAAAGCAGCUAUAGUUUGGAAGACAGCUGUGAAUAUCCUGCUGAGUUAUGAGAAGCAUUCACCAACAUAAAACAGUCUGGAAGAAGAUUUCUCUUGAGAAAAUCAAAGAGCACGAACCCUUUAAUAAAACAGAAUAUAUUUAGCAUUUCAUAAGCAUUUGGCUCUCUGAGUUGUAAAAAAAAUGAAUCGUUACACAAUUAUGAAACAACUGGGUGAUGGCACCUAUGGCAGCGUGUUGAUGGGGAAGAGCAAUGAGUCAGGAGAACUUGUGGCUAUCAAAAGAAUGAAAAGAAAGUUCUAUUCGUGGGAUGAAUGUAUGAAUUUGAGAGAAGUCAAGUCUCUGAAGAAGCUAAACCAUGCCAAUGUAAUAAAAUUGAAGGAAGUCAUACGAGAAAAUGACCACCUUUAUUUUGUAUUUGAGUACAUGAAGGAAAAUCUCUAUCAGCUAAUGAAGGAUAGAAACAAGUUUUUCCCUGAGUCAGUCAUCAGAAACAUGAUGUAUCAGAUAUUGCAAGGGCUGGCUUUCAUCCACAAACAUGGAUUUUUUCAUAGGGAUAUGAAGCCUGAAAACCUUCUCUGUAGUGGACCAGAACUUGUGAAAAUUGCAGAUUUUGGCUUGGCUAGAGAACUAAGAUCUCAGCCACCUUACACAGAUUAUGUUUCUACCAGGUGGUACCGUGCUCCUGAAGUUUUGCUGAGAUCUUCUGUCUAUAGCUCACCUAUUGAUAUAUGGGCAGUUGGCAGCAUAAUGGCUGAGUUAUACACACUCAGACCUCUUUUCCCAGGCACAAGCGAAGUAGAUGAAAUCUUCAAAAUUUGCCAAGUCCUAGGGACUCCAAAGAAGAGUGACUGGACAGAAGGAUACCACCUUGCUUCUGCCAUGAAUUUCCGUUUCCCACAAUGUGUCCCUAUAAGCCUAAAAACUCUCAUCCCAAAUGCAAGCAAUGAAGCAAUACAGCUUAUGAGUGAUAUGCUGAACUGGAAUCCAAAGAAGAGACCUACAGCAAGUCAGGCUUUGAAGCACCCUUACUUUCAAGUUGGCCAAAUUUUAGGACCUCCCCCACAGUAUCUGGAGAAGCAGACUCCUGUUAAACCAGUUCAGCCAACAGAGCCAAAGCCAUCUUUACCUAAACUGGAAGCUAAGCCAGAGCCUCUGUCUUCACCUGAUUUACCUGACAAAACACAGCCACAGCCCUUGCCAAAGGUUAACCACCAGCCUCUCCAGCAAAUUCAGUUGCCUCAGAAUACAGCUAACCAGCAAAUACCAAAGCAGCAGCCACAGUCACAACCACUUUUUCCAAUUAUCAAUAAAAACUCAUCACCUAAACAAGCAGCUAGUGGCCCUCUGAAUGGUGUACUAGGUCCUAAAACCUGCAGAAGACGGUGGGGUCGGACUUUGGUAAAGGCUGUCGAUAGCUGGGAUGACUUGGAUGACCCUGAAUUUGGAAUGUCAUCUUCAAAGAAGCCUAGCAUUGCACUGUUAAAAGAAAAGAAAAACAAGGAAUUUCUUUUUAGUGUGCCAGAACCAAAAGCUUCACACUGUAUCCAGCCAGGAGGGGAAAACAAGAUUCUGAUGAGAAAUGAUUCUGAGAGAUCAAAUACAUCAGCUAAAGAUUAUUAUAUAAGCCAAUCAAGAUAUCUGCCUGGUGUAAACCCAAAGAAUGUCUCUUUAGCAGCAGUCAAUAAAGAAGGAUCACAUGGAACCUGGAACAACCAAUUGUUUGCUAAAUCACUAGGAAAUGCUGGGGGAGGAGUGACUUACAGCAGAAAUACUACAGAUGAGAACUUAAUUAUACCUAUUGAAAAGCUAUCAUGCAAAGAAAGGUUGAAUGAAAAAUUAGAAGAUCCAAAAGGAAAUCCUGGCUUUGUAAGCAGUGGUGCUUAUAACCCAUUGGGACUACACACCUCUUCCUUCCAUAAAAAAGAAGCUGGAUCAGCUGGACAACGGAUACAGCUAGCACCUCUUGGUGCAUCUGUAUCGGAUUAUUCCUGGAAAAAUAAAGCUGCUCGUCCUCCAUUACCAGGUCCUACUUUCAAUGCAGCAGCAACAAACAUGAGUAUCUUCACUCGCCCCCCAACAAUUCAGCGAGUGCAUGGGAGAACAGACUGGGUGGCCAAAUAUGGAGGAAACAGAUAGAAAAUACCAUCCUGUGUGGAUAUUACAUGCUCUGUGAAAACCUGAAAAGCCUAUUUGCUCCAGCUUUUCCUAAGACUAUGCAACAGUAAAGAAGAAAAAAAGACCUUGUGUUCUAGUAUUUGUAUAGCACAUAUAACACCAUGUAAAAUACUGGCUGUAAAGUAGGGUGCAAUGAAGUAUUGUACAACACAUAUUGCCAAAACUGAGAUGUAGGUUUCACCCAAUGUUUUCUAUAGAUAGACCUCCUGUUCUCAUACUCUUUGGAACAACUAGGGUUAGGAUUGUUUAUCCAGUGCAACAUCUGCUGCUGGGAUGUGCUUGAAGCACACAGGCAGCACAAAGAAGGGCUGAAGCAGAGCAGCACCAGGCUUCCAGGUGCUAGGCUGGUUCCUUAGCAGGAAGACAAGAGUGAAAGCACAGAUCUGACUUUGUGAAGAGCAUCAGUAUCCUGCAAGGAUUUCAGAACUCACUUGUAACAAAGAGUUACUCAGGGUCUGUAAGGUACAAAUAUUCAUGUAGCAAUGAACUGAAAGCCUUGUAAUAGGACAUAGGCAAUCCACUGAUAGAUAUUACACAAGAAAGGUCUAGAAAUCUGGCUGAUAGAGGGCUGUUGAAUGAUACAGCAAUAUUGGAAAAUAGCUAAACCAAGUACUGAAUACUACUUACCAAGCUGUGAAGUGAAGUCUAACAAUCAGAUUCUGCUGUUUUAAUUAACUUGUUGCCAUUUUUGGUCAAAGAUCUGUAGAGAUUUAUCUCUGUCCUAUCAAGGGCAUGUCACAGUGAUCUUUAAAGAGCCUAAAUUACUGCAAUCUGUCAGUCAUUUUAAGGGUGAAUUAGCCAAAAUGCCUAAAUUAUCACGAAACUCAUGCUCCUACAGUCUUUAUUGGGUGAUCAGACUAAGCUACGGAGUUUGAAUAGGCUAUGUGAGGAAGACUAUUGGUGUGUUCUUCAAAGACAUUGCUUUCUGUUUUAGAUCUUAAAGGCCAAUUUAGGUACCUGAAAACACACACAAAACUUUAAAAAUUCAGUAUGUCAGUGUUUAUAUGCUCAUUCAGUACUUUCCCUAGCUUUUAUGCUAACUUUUAUAAUAAUAUUACCUAAAGGACUUUGCAAUGUACAGUGAAUUUUUAUUAGGAUGUUGAGCUGGGCUACUUCUGUUAACAACUGCAUUUAGAAUAAAUGCUUUAGAGUUUAUAGUAACAUUAAAGUUGCCCUUUUAGAGUAAAAACUGAGUAUGUUCUUUAAAGAUGUAAAGUUGUUAAUGAUGACUUCAAGCAUUUAAAAAAAAUUAAUUUAUUUGUAUGGCUUUUAUAAAUGAAUAUUAAAAUUUAAACUCCUUUUGUUGACCCAGUGUGUCAUAAUAUAUGGGUUACAUUAACUUCCUGGAAAGCAGUUUAAUCUAAAACAGUUGUACCAAAAAGUCAAGUAUUUUGUUAUGAAAAUUGCACCUAAAGAAAAUGCCCCUUUUUUUUAAUGCUGUCAGAGCUAUGCGAGGAUAGGGCUGUCUGGUUAGUAAUGCACUAGUGAGUUUAAUUCAAUUGCCAUUGGUCUAGGAUUAAGUAUUUGCCAUUCCCUUAGUACUAAGAGAUGUCCCUAAGCUACUUAAAUGCAUCUUAAUGUAACUGUAGA